AUGGCACAAGCUGCCGAUGGAGUCACGAAUGGCUCAGGACAGCUCACAGCGCACGAUGCGCUGAACCGCCUCGACUCGUCAUGGUUCAUCGCCCAGUACCCGCGUUGGAUGGAUGUGCUCAUUUACUCCGGUCAAGAGCUCUUCAUUCUCGACGGCGACGCACUGCUCCAGUUCGUCCUCGACGACGAGCUCCUCGGACUCGGACGCGCGGGCGACCCCAGCAUGCAGCUGUUGCACGCGACCUGGCUAAUGGAGAAGACGGUUGAGGAGCUGCUCAAGAAGGACACGACGUUUGAGAUCGUCUUCUUCGAGAGCCAAGCGCACUCGACGAUUCACACCGGCGAAUCCGACUACAUCACCUCUGCUCGUCGCCUCGCUCGCUCUGUCCUCAUGCGCCGCGCAAAUUUGCCCGACACGAAGGUUCACCACUUCGAGUCGCUGCAGGACGAGAAGUGGAAGGCUUGGUACCAACGCAAGCGGCCCAUGUACGUCCUCGGCUACGAUGGAGGCUUGCAGACGAAGGAGAACGAGUUGCAGGCGGAGCGGAUCUUGCUGCAGAGGCAGAACCUUUACGACACGGUUCACCAGAGCCUGCCGUACGUUCUCCUCCAGGCUGCCGAGUUCACCGACACCAAGAUCAAUACGUACUUCUACGACGUUGUUCGCGGCACAGUCGAGGCUCUUCCCGCCAACAUCACUGCCGCCGUCUCGGCUGCCCGCGCUGCGCUCGACAAGGCGUUGCCGGCACUUCCUUCGGUCUCGUCCGCGCCCUCGUCGGUCUCGGUCGACGACCUCCUCCGCUCAUCCGCCUCCACCUUCCUCGCCUCGUCCCCCUCCGCACAAGAGUCGACCCUCCUCUACCUCUACCUCUCGCACGUCCUCCUCCUCCCGACCAUCCCUCUCCGUUCGCGCGCUCAGCGCAUCCCGACUCCGUCAAAGGAGCUGAUGGCUGUCCUCGAGCCGUUCCUCGCCAAGUUCUAUGCGAGCUUGAGCGCGGCGAUCGAGGCCUUGCCCGAGUCGGAGCGAACGAACCCCCUCGCCGACCUCGACAUCGACGGCCGGAUCUUUUUCCUCCUCCUCGUCGAGGUCUUGAAUGGAGACGUUUCGGUCUCGUCUCUUGGCGACUUCCUCGGUCCCGAGGUCGCGUCCCGGCUUUCGUCGCUGUGGUCCUCGCUCUCGUCGACUUCCGAGCCCGACCUUGCCGCCCUACGCUCGGCUCUCCCCUCCCAGUCGACCGAGCUCCCCGCCCUUCCCUCGCCUCUCACCGAAGACACCGUCCUCCCCUACACUUCGAGCAUUUUCACCGAGCACCUCUCGAGCGUCAACGUCUCGGUCUCGGCCUCGUCGACUCUCGCAACCCUCCCGAACAAGCUCGACGAAAAGUCCGUCUUCUCCGACUCGCACGGCUGGUCGAACCCCAAGCCCGCUUUGCCGACUCACCUCGGUGGCCCGCCCCCUCCCGUCCUCGACUAUCGCGAGAAGAAGAAGCGCGACAGGAAGGAACAGCGCUUCAUGGCGCAGAUGCAGAAGUCUGCUGCGUCCCUCACGGGCGCCCUUGGCGGCGCGCUCAAGCAGCAGGUUAUCCCGGCUGUCGGCAAGCGCUCGGCUUCGGUCCUGAGGGAGAAGGUUGCGGCUGCCGCGAAGAGCUCUCGACCUGGAUCGGGCAUCAACACGCCUGCCUUGUCGGAGAGUGGCGCGUCGACGCCGACUGGUAGCGAGGUCGGCAGGGAUGGCAGCACGACUGGCGGACGUGGCAGCAAGAAGGACAAGGUCAAGGUUCUGACGAGCAGGGAGAAGCUCAUUGCCGAGAACGCGGCCAAGAAGGUUCAGGAAGAGGGCAAGGAGAACUACAAGUGGUGGAUCGAGCGCCUCGACGACCUCAAGGACCUGCCCAUCCCCGGCCAGAUCUCGCAGAUCACUUCGUACCUCAAGAACAAGCGUGCGCAGGACCCGUGGCUCGGAACCGAGAUGGUCGUCAAGCGGCUCGACCUCGAGCUCCGCGCUUGGAUUGCCGACGACCGCCGCGAGGCCGACGACGUCAAGGACCGCUACCGCGUUUUCAUCGCCCGCACCGCGAGCGCGCUCCUGCAGAAGUACCUCCGUGCUCAGCAGGACGGCUCGGGCUCCGUCAUCAUCACCGAGAAGCAGGGUCGUGCCAUCACGAACACGCUCGCCGUCAUGGGCCUCGAGUGCCUCAUCCCCGAGGGCAUCGAGUUCGUCGCGAUCGACAAGGGCGAGUCGAAGAAGGACAAGAAGGCUGUCGAGGAGGACGGCAAGAAGAAGAAGGGCGGUGCGAAGCCCGGCAGCAAGGCCGCGCAGGCCGCCAAAAAGGACGCGACAGCCUCGGCGUCGUCUAAGGCGUCCAAGGGCGAGAAGGACGAGCGCGCCAAGCUCACCUUCCACUACUGCUCGCUCAUCGACAAGGACGAGGGCGAGGCGCUGUACGACUGGAUGGAGAUCGACGAGAACCCGCUCGAGUGGCAGCUCCGCAACAUGGGCGAGUACAUGGCGAGGGAGCUGGACUCGAAGCCCGACCCGCGUGUCGACUUCGAGCCGGACGCAUGGCAGCGCGAGGUUCUUGACAACAUCGACGAGGACAAGUCGAUGCUCAUCGUCGCCCCGACCUCGUCCGGCAAAACCUUCAUCUCGUUCGCCGCCAUGGAGCGCGUUCUCCGCGAGUCGGACGAGGGCGUCGUCGUCUACGUUGCGCCAUCGAAGGCCCUCGUCAACCAGGUCGCCGCCGAAUGCUUCGCCCGUUUCUCGAAGGAAGUGCCCGGUCAGGCGCUGUGGGCCGUCCACACCGGCGACUACCGCGUCAACAACCCGCAGAACUGUCAGAUCCUCGUCACGGUCCCGCAGGUGUUCUCCGAGAUGCUCCUCAACCCGGCUCUCGCCCGCGUCUGGACGCCUCGCAUCAAGCGCGUCAUCGUCGACGAGAUUCACGCCGUCGCCGAAGAAGGCAGUGGUAUGUGGGAGCAGGUCUUGCUCAUGAACCCGGCACCCAUCAUCGGUCUCUCCGCCACCGUCGGAGCGCCCGAGCGCUUCUCCGCCUGGCUCGAGUCGGUCGAGCAGGCAAACGGCCGCCAGUACGCCCUCAUCAUCCACACCCACCGGUUCAACGCCCUUCGCAAGUUUGCGUACGCACCGCGGAUGAACGAGUGGCCCGUCAAGCCUAUCGGCCCACUCGACGAGUACCGCUCGAGGCCGCAGAUCUUUGCGCCCGUCCACCCUGUCGCUGCGCUCGGUCUCGGUGACCCUGAGAUGCCCGAGGACCUCGCCCUCGAGCCGCGCGACUGCCUCGCCCUCUGGCGCGCCAUGUCGACCGUCGACAAGGAGCUCGACCCGAAGCUCAAGCCUCGCAAGUUCUUCGCCCCGACGCCCGUCAUCGCCAUUCGCCACUGCAUCGAGUACGAGAAGCAGCUCAAGAAGAUUCUCCUCGAAUGGCGCAACGAGCCCGACUACGCCAGCCCGACGUCCCGCUUCUCCCGCACCGUCGAGUUCCUGGAAAAGCCGUUGCGCGACUCGCUCGGCAUCUCGGAGAAGCUCAUCGAGGACGCGACGGAGGACCAGUUCAACUCGCUCUUCACGCCGCUCCUUGCCGACUUGAACGCGCAGAACCAGCUCCCGGCCAUUCUCUUCAACUUCUCGCGCGACCACUGCGAGUCGCUCGCGAAGCGCAUCUCGAAGGACCUCGAGACCGCCGAGGACCAGUGGCGCAAGAACUCGUCGACGUUCAAGGAGCGCGUUGCUCGCGCCAAGGCGGCCGAGAAGGCUGCGGCGAAGAAGGCCAAGGCGAUGGAGACGUCGACUGUCAACCGCAAGCAGGAGGAGGAGGCUGCCCGCAUGGGUGUCGUCGAGGAGGCGCCGAGCUUCGACCCCGAAGCGCCGUCUGAGGAGUUCACCUUUGUCGGCAAGGGCAUCAGCUACGUCGAGUUCAAGAAGGACGUCGACGACCUCCUCUUCCUCGACAUGGACCCGUGGCUCAUCAACGCCCUCCGUCGUGGUAUAGGAGUGCACCACUCCGGUAUGCCUCGUCGCUACCGUGUCCUCGUCGAGAACUUGUACCGCCGCGGUGUCCUCCGCGUCGUCAUCUCAACGCAGACGCUCGCGCUCGGCAUCAACGCGCCGGCUCGCACGGCCGUCUUUGCCGGCGACUCGCUCGAGCUCAACCCGCUCAACUUCCGCCAGUGCGCUGGUCGUGCCGGUCGUCGCGGGUUCGACUUGGUCGGAAACGUUUUGUUCGUUGGUGUCCGCCUCGAUCGCAUCCAGCGUCUCUUGCUGUCCAAGCUUCCCAAGCUCGGCGGUACCUUCCCUCUCACCACGACCCUCCUUCUCCGCCUCAACAACCUCGUUCACGGCUCCGAGGAGGCCGAGUUGCCCAAGAUGGCCGUCGAAACGCUGCUCGACCUGCCUCAGCUCGCCGUCAGUCACGCCUCGGCUUCUGGCAACCGCGACCAGACCCGGCACUUCGCCCGCUUUGCGAUCGAGUACCUCCGCCGCGUUGGCCUACUCGACGAGGACGGCACGCCCAAGACGCUCUACGGCAUCACCUCGGCCCUCUACUCGGAGGAGCCCGCCAACUUCGCUCUCGCCGCGCUCUUGCGGUCAGGCAAGCUGCACGAGGUCGCCGAGGGCCUCGACUCGGACCCCGACAACACGUUGCGGCUGAUGUUGACCAUCCUCGCGACGUUGUUCGCCCGCGUCCACCGCCGCAAGCAGUCGACCGAGACCUUGCGCUCGACUCGCAACUCGACCUCGCUCAUCGUCCUCCCGCCUCUGCCCGAGUCCAUUCGCAAGGUCCUCGACGAGCACCACAAGGCGGUCCUGUCGGUCUUCACGACCUACGCCAAGGAGUACGCCGAGCAGAACGAGGACCAGCUGGCCUCGGACGACCAGCUGCCGCUCUCGCAGCGCAAGGCGGCCGCGGCGGAGACUGCCGACUCGGCCUUCGCCAGCAAGCUCCGCCAAUCCGAGCUGCAGUUCGAGAGCCGCUCGGCGUUCGCAGCAGCGUCCGGUCACGGCGACGAUUUCCACAACAUCACCGAGCUCGCACGCUCGGCUCGCGCCGGCGUCGUCGUCCAGCAGCACGCCGUUCCCGAGCUCGCCUCGCCUCCGUUCGACUCGCCCGAGCACGACCUUGACGCGUUCGUCGUCGACUUCUACCGCCACGGCGACUUGCAGACCCUCAUUCGCGAGUCGUCAAUUGAGCGCGGCGACGUCUGGUACCGCCUGCAGGACUUUGACCGCGCGCUCACUGCGAUCCACUCGGCGAUCAAGACGCUCUGCACGAGCAAGGGCGACGACGUCGAGGAGGACCUUGAUGUCGAGGACGCGCGGGAUGCCCGCGAGGACCGUGGUCACGACGAUGGCCCGUCCAGCCGCGACAAGGCACUCGUCCGCCCGCCUGGUCUUGGCGACGACGACUGGAAGCUCUACCAGGUCAUCGACACGCUCCACAAGGACUUCAGCGCCAAGUUCUACGCCAUCUUCGCCUAA